AUGAGGACCAUCAAAGGAGUCGGCGUGCCAUCGGUGCGCCUCAUCGCAUCCUACAUCUUCGACUGGAUCGUCAUCAUCGCCAUCGCAGCCAUUGCUGGCGGUUGGGAAUAUGUCGAACCAUUCAAACGACCCUUCUCGCCCGUCAACCUCGACAUAUCGUACCCAUACCAGACGAGCGAAAUGAUACCGACAUGGCUUCUCGUAGUUGUUUCGCUCAUUGCGCCUGCGGGCAUCGUCUUCAUCGUGUGUCUUAUCUGGGUUCCUGGACCAACCGCCGAACGUGGAACGCCCAAGUCGCUCAUUUGGAGGAGGAAGCUCUGGGAGUGGAACACCGGUUGGAUGGGCCUCGCACUUUCGCUUGCGACUGCGUUCCUCAUCACGCAGGGUAUGAAGAAUCUUUUCGGAAAACCGCGACCUGAUCUGUUGUCGAGAUGUCAGCCAGAUCUGAACCGUAUCCGAGACUACACAAUCAACCCUGUGGGAGAGUUCUUCGAUCCAGCAUGGGUACUCGUCACCCCUGGAAUCUGCCAACAAACGGAUAAUGAUAUACUCAAGGACGGCUUCAAGUCCUUCCCCAGUGGGCAUGCCAGCUUCUCAUGGGCCGGUCUGCUCUACCUCACGCUUUUCCUCGCCUCCAAGUUCUCCGUCGCAAUCCCCUUCCUUCCCCCGCGACCGUACUCCACAAACCCCGCCCACACCUCCGCCGUAUCCCCUUCAAACCUCAAGAAACUGGCCACGCUCCCUAUCCACAAACAAGACUCCACCCUCUCAAAUCCGAACUCCUACAACGACGACGCCGUAGUACCCAUCCGCUACCAAAAUGCCGCUCCACCCGUUUACACCCUAGUCCUCGUCUUGGUCCCCAUCUGCGCCGCCAUAUACAUAACAAGCACGCGCUUUACCGAUUUCCGUCAUUUCGGUUUCGAUUUGCUGUUUGGUACGUUGAUUGGCGUGACGUGUGCGUGGUUUUCGUUCCGCUGGUACCAUCUCCCCAUUACACGAGGCGCAGGAUGGGCUUGGGGACCUAGGAGCUACGACCGCGCGUGGGGUAUCGGUGUCGGUAGGGGAAGCUACGUCGGAACCGAGGGAUGGAGUAGGAAGGGAGACAGCGAAACGGCGCCUAGACGACGGGCAGACGGCCAAUUCAAUGCGCAUGGCAAUGGUGUGGACGAGAGUGAACUGAGCGUUUUGAAUCGUAAUGGCGUACCGCAUGCCGGGAACCCACCUAGCGUCAUGCACUCGAGAAGUGGCACUGCACAGGAUGUUUGA